CCACUCAAGUCUUGACCAAUUACAGGACCUUCUCUUCUUUCAUUCUCAACAUUCAGCAGCGCCUCUUUCUCUCUCAACUUCUCUUUGUUCGAUUCACUUCAUCUGUCCCCUCUCUUCCACCGGUCACAAUCACAUACCGACCCACGAACGACGUCGACACGAUUCGAUCCACUCUCUCCUCCUUGCUCCCCGCCUGUCCACCGCCGCCUGCCUUCCCCUCUCUCCCAUUGCCCAUUGCUUUGUAGUGUAACUUUGUACAAAAAAAGCUUGAAAUGAGUGUUACAGCAAACCCAAAGAAAACUGCAGCUCCCCCGAUUGUUAAGUUGAACUCGGCCUUCAAACUGGCCGAGGCAUGGGUAAAAGGUAUGAGCGGAUCUGCAGAUGAUGAAACAAAGAAUGUGAAUAUGGAGGGUAGACCUCAUAAGCUUGGUCUAGGAGCAAGAGUUCCACGAGAAUCUAAAGUAGGGCUUUCGAAUGACCCUGUUGAAAGGAAAUUGCAAGCCAAAUUAGAUGCUGAUAAAAGAAAAGCAGCCAAUAUUGCCAGAGAGUCUACUCCGUAUGCAAGUGAGGCUUUAGAUGAUGACGAAGAUGAUGAAGACGAAAGCAGAACUAAUGCUUUUGCCAAGAGAAAGGCAGCAGUUCCGCUGUCACCGCCUAUAAUGGGAAAUAAGAAAAGGAAGCUACACUAAUAUUAAAGCUUUUUAAUGUAAGGUUUUGCAUUAUAGCUUAUUUUGCAUCUGCUUGGCUGUCAUGCUAGCUUCAACAAUGCAGUACUUUACUUCUGGCUGUCAUGAUUCAUAACUGUAUUUAAGCAUUUCUAUUUUGGAUGUAUCAUUUUGAUUGAGGGCUUAAUUGCCACUACUGUAGACUAAAAUAUGGUUGUAAAACACAUGUUAACUUGCUUAUGUAAAUGAGAUUUUCUUUUUAAUAGACAAAUUAUAUUAGUGGGUUAUUUUAGUUUCCAAAAUUCUGAUUAGUGUUCUGAUUAGUAUUCUAUCAGUGUCUCCAGGUCCAUAUGUAAAUAGUAGCUUGAGGACUACAUCACUAGCAUAUUUUGAGCACAUUAUAUCAUCAUUUUUUUUCAUUAAUUCUUCAAACAUUUAUUUUUUUUGACAGAAUUGUUCCAAGAUUUUUGGUAUAUUUAUUCUCCUAGAAAUGGAACAGCUUCAAAGUUAUUCCAAAAAAAAAAAAACAGCUUCAAAGCAUUAUGCAUUUUGUUCUUUUAUUAUCACAUAGUAUUAUUCACAUUUCUACUUGCUCUCUUCUUGAAUACUAAUACUAUGCUAAGCUGAGUUCACAUUUCAUUAUUUCCACACACACUCAAUACAAUAGGUUAACCAAAAA